UGAAGCUUGUCAAAACGUAAUAGCAUUUGGGGAGUUGGGUCACAGCCCACACAAGGCCACAAUUGCUUAAUUCCUCGCUAGCAUCUACGGUUUUCAUCCCUAACCUCUCUGUCUGCUCCCCUUUCUCUCUCUGUUUGAUCAACAAUUCUUGAACUAACAGCUUUGGGAAGAAUGGGAGAUUCUGACUGCGGGGGUUGCAAGAAAAGGGAGGAAAAUAUAUACUGGUCUCACUUUCAAACGGUUCAGUUCUUUCAGAUUCUCUGUGGGCAUUACGAUCUUCAGCUCGCUAUUCCCCAAAAAUUUGCUGACAAUCUAAGAGAGAAGCUAGCAGAUUCGGUUUCCCUUAAAGGCCCGAGUGGUGCCAUAUGGAAUGUGGAUUUGGAAGCGGAGGGAGAUAAGCUGUACCUUAAGUAUGGUUGGAAAGAAUUCGUGGAAGAACAUUCUCUGCGCGAGAAUGAUGUCUUGGUGUUUAAAUAUAACGGGAAUUUACAGUUUGAUGUCACAAUGUUUGACGGGCUGACCUUAUGUGAGAAAGAAGCUUCGUAUUUUAUUAGACAUUGUGAACAUAGAGAACUCACUAUCCGAGCUAUUCCAAUAUCCGCCACUCCAAACAGCUACCAUGAGACAGCAGCCAACGAAUCCUCCUCACAUGAAGAGUUCGAAGUAACUGCUAGGAAAAACCCAGGAAAUGGUUUUGCAUCUAUUAACCAGAGUACUCAAGCUUACGGGAGGCCAAGGAAGAGGCCUAAGAGUAGAAACGGUGGACCAUCACACGUGUAUCCUCUUCAAUUGAAAUCGAACAGAAGGCCCGUGACUGAAGACGAGAAAGGCAAGGCUAUACAGGCAGCAUCUGCAGCAGCAGUUGGUGAUAGCUUCACGGUGGUUAUGCAAGAAUGCCACGUGUACAAGGGAUUCUUCUUGACAAUCCCGGCUGAGUGGGCAAGGAGUCAUCUUCCUCAGAAAAACAUCAAUGUGUCUCUGCAUGUAAACGAGAAGACAUGGCUGGCAAAAUGCUAUUAUAAAACUUCUAGUCAUGGACUGGCGGGUUCUGGGUGGAAAAACUUUGCACUCGAUAAUUUUCUUGAAAAAGACGAUGCCUGUGUGUUUAGCCUGGUUAGCCAAAGCGAUAGUGCUGUCGUCUUCAACGUAAGCAUUUUCCGAGUAGUGGAGGAGGUGGUUGCGCCGAAUAGAGUAAUUGGAACCCCCUCAAGGAAAAGCUUGCACCCAAUAUGAGCAGCUGCAAGCCUGCAAACUGGUUUCAAGUGUAAUGAAAGGGAAUUGUUGUUUUGUACUAACUUUAAUCCAAUCAUGUUUUUUGUUCUUAUAUUUGAAAUCUUGAAGUUCAUAACCAAUAUGGUCCGCCAUUCUUGCCUAA